AUGUCGGUGUAUGUAACGAUUAUUUUGUACUCGGUCACCAACUCCGUGUUUUUUCCCGUCUUCCAAUCGCUCGUCUUUUUCAAGUCAUGCGUGGCGUUGUCGAACUCGUCGGACGCCGCGAUAUGCCAUGACAACGAGACGUUCGCCAAAAACGACACCAUCCACAGUCUCGCCAACUUCGUGCUGCUCAUCUCAAGUUCGGGCCUUUGCGUGACGGCGUUCUUCACCUCGCGCUUCAUCGGACGUCUCAGCGAUCGAAAAUCGCGAAAAUUGGCGAUGCUGGUGCCGUUCGUCGGCCUCAUCCUCUCCGAUCUCACCAUCAUCGUGCAGGUGCUGCUCGUCGAGCUUCCACCGUAUUUGUUCAUCAUGUCGGAGAUCAUCUACGGCCUGUUCGGCGGCUACAUGUCGAUCACGUCAAGCGCGUUCGCCAUCAUUUCGGCGAAACACAAAGAUAGCACGAAGCGGGCGAAGGCGAUCGCGUGGCUCGAAGGGACCAUCUCGUUUGGGUCGAUGAUCGGCUUCUUGAUCAGCUCCCAACUCAAUCUGCUCGAUUAUUUCGGCAUGUCGGUGUUCUUCCUCUGCUCGCACAUCACCGCAUUCAUCUCGGCGUUGUGUAUGGAAGACGUCGACGUGACGCGCGAUUCGAAAAGCGAAUCGAUCUGGAAAUCGACGAAAUUGUUCGCCGACAAACCGGACGACGCGUCGAAAUCGCUGAAAAUCCUCUACUUCUCGUUCGCCAGCUCCUAUUUCGCGUUCAUCGGCAGCACACGCGUGCUAUUCUUCUAUCUCAAACACAAAUUCUAUUGGGACACGGAGAAGUAUGGGUAUUUGAAGGCGAUGAAUCAGGCGAUGACCACCGUGCUCGCGUGCCUCCUGUUUCCCUAUUUGAAGAAUCGCGGCGUGUCGGAUGUCGAUUUGGCGAUAUUGGGUCUCGCGACGCGAAGCGUCGGACGAUUUUGGUACGCGAUCGCGUGGAACGAUUUCGCCGUGUUUUCCGUCGUCGUUUUCGAGAUGUUCUCGAAGUUUCCGGCAACCUCAUUACGCAGUCUGAUAUCGACGCACGUCGCUGAAAAUGAACGAGGUGCGGCGUUCUCGCUGGUCGCCGUCAUCGAAGCGGCGUGCAAUUUGUCGUCGUCGAUCGUGUUCCAUUCGGCGUUUCCGCUAUCGCUCUCAUUUUUUCCGGAGCUCUCGUUCGUCGUCAUGCCGAUCAUCAUCCUGCCGGCGAUCUUUCUGAUGAGCUAUCAUAAGAAGACGUUGGAGAUGUCGUCGUUUGGCGCGGCGGCGACGUCGAUCGAAAUCGAGAAGCUCACCGCAUAA